UCUAAUCUCAUCUCUCCAUAAACCGACCAAAACCUCGUAUAUAAACCUCAUCAUCUGUUGCACUUUCAUCGUAUCAUAUCCCACUUCUGUCUCUAAAAACAAAAUCUAGUACUAUUCCACAUUCCUACAAUGGCGUCUUCAGGUUAUGCUAUGUUUAUAUUGUUUGCUAUGAUCGUUGGAUCAGCUCUUUCUCAGUCACCCACCGGUUCUCCGACGAUAUCUCCGGUGGCUUCUCCGGUUUCAUCACCUCCUUCUCCGACAAUCACUCCUAGUUCUGCACCAACUGAAGCUCCGUCAGCUUCUCCACCUGCUCCUCCUACCUCUCUUCCCGGUGGUUCUCCGGCGUCUUCUCCAUCGUUGAUUCCGUCCACUCCGACUGGAUCGCCGACUACUUCGCCACCUAGUGCUGCUACGUUUAAUAGAGUUGCUGCUGGAUCUGUGGCCGUGGUUGUGUUUGCUGCGGCUUUGGUUAUGUAGAGAUUUGAUGAUUGUUAUUUGUUACGA